CACGCCACAACUCCGCUGAGCUGUACCUCCCCCAGCACUACAUUGGCCACGGAAUCAACAUGGCAGAACCCAUAGAUAGCGCGCUCGACCUUCUGCGACGGCUGAACCCCAAAGAUGUCAAGCAGAACGUCGACAACAUCAUCGAACUGAACCCCUCCCUGGAAGAGGAGCUGCUCGAAUCUGUCGAUAUCCCACUGUCGGUGAAGAGGUGCUCGUCAACGAAGCGCGAUUUCCUGUGCUGCGACUAUAACCGAGACGGCGACAGCUGGCGGAGUCCAUGGAGCAACAACUUCGAGCCGCCGAUUGACGAGGGCAUCACGCCGAGCGAACGCAUACGGAAGAUGGAGAUCAAGGCCAACGAGGCUUUUGACGUAUACCGGGAGUUGUACUUUGAGGGUGGCAUAUCGAGCGUCUACCUCUGGGACAUGGACGACGGCUUUGCAGGCUGUGUGCUGCUCAAGAAGUCCGUCAAGGGUGGCAGCUGGGACUCCAUCCACGUCUUCGAUGCCCAAGACCGCGCGCGCACUGCUCACUACAAGCUCACCUCCACCGUCAUACUCUCUCUCGGCACCGAAUCGGAAGCACUCGGCGGUCUCGAUCUGUCCGGCAACAUGGUUCGCCAAGUCGAGCAGGAUAUGGCUGUCGAAGACGAUGGCUCGCACGUCGCCAACAUUGGCAAGAUGGUUGAAGAUAUGGAGCUCAAGAUGCGCAACUUGCUGCAGGAAGUAUAUUUUGGCAAGGCCAAGGAUGUCGUCGGAGACCUGAGGAGUAUCCCACCGCUGAGCGUGACAAAUCGAGACAGGCAGACACAGCGAGAGAUGAUUAGUAGUAUGAGCAGGUAGGAUGGGCUCUUCUACGACGACAUAAAGACGGUCCCAAGCUUAACAACACCCACGACGAAACGACUGAUAUCUUCAUCUGGGACUCCAGUCACCAGCGCCGUGAGGACCGGGCUGCUGUGCGGAUUCUCACCUCGAUGUAGUUAAAGGCAAGCAUACAGCUGGUCGCUCGCAGCAGCAAUGGACACAAACGCUCCCAGGCUUGAAAGUCUCUUAGCCGACAGCUCUACAUCAUUAUUGAUCCUAAGAUGCAACUUUUCUGGUCCAUGACACUUCCCGAUUUUUAUUGACAAUACCAACUAGUCUGGUGCAAUGUGCUCGUAAGACAGGAUUUGAGUACUGUGUAUGAUUGCGCUUGCCGGCAGCUAGACCGGGGUUAGAACGCUAAAGCGGGUGGCUCCUUCUCCCGGAUAUCCACCCCUCUUCUUCCAUAGAUCCCC